GAGAACAAUUUUUGAAAUAUUUCAUCAAUUUUUUCACAUUCGGUGAGCGUUUGUCGGAUGGUCUCGGCUAUAGUGAAAAUAGCUUAUUACAUAUACCGACUACUGUCCUUUGGGAAUCGAGCUAUACAUUUUUAGUAAUUUUUGUUGUUUCCGCGAAAACGGUUGCAUAAAUUCACUUUUAAAAGAUAUCAAUUAUAAUUUGGAAUUUAUUUAUUUGUUCUUCACAAUAACGAUCAAUUAUUCUGCACUGGAAGUUUUUUCAAUCUAAAAAUAAUUCGAAAUAUAAUUGACCAAAAACUCUUUGUGUAUAAGUUACUAAUCCGACUCUUUUUAUUUUGUUUUUUAUUAUUUCUUUUUCGUGUCUAUUAAAACUUGAUGAACGAAAUUGCUCUAAAUUAAUUUUGAAUUCGAUGCAAUAUUACGUAUUUUUAAAUGAGAAGUUCAGAACGCAGAAAAAACAAUAAAUAUUCAGAUUACAUAAUUCAACAAAGAAAGAAUACACUACAGCAAUUUAUCUGAAAAUAAAUCGUUCCGCUAAAUAUAUGCGCCUCAGGGGCUAUUUGUGUUUUUGUGGAAAAUAUAUGUGAUUGUCACUCGUACUUCAGUUUUUUGUAUGUUAAAAUAAUUUACUUAUGUUGCAAGCUACAUCCAACAGUGUCUAUUGAAAAAAAUAAAUACAAUUUUGUCAAAUUAAAGAAGAGCUUAAAACAAGACAAUGCCUUUAUACACAGACCCAGGGUAUUCAUAUUAUAGUAGUAGCGUGGGAAGUAUGUAUUCUCCCUACUACAGUAGUCCCUUAUAUGGGUCUACAUCGUCGUCUUCUUCGAGCCCGUAUGCUCCUUAUUCAUCAACUUAUAAUCGAUCUUUUAGUGGAACCUAUUCUCUUCCAUCUUCUUCGAGAUCUACCCGAUACACUACCAUGGUGUCCGCAUACCAGCCAAAGCUGUCGACAAUAACUGAAUCUCCACUAAACAGAUCAAAUUUUAUCCCCCUAACCCGUAUUAAAUCGCCAAAACUUUCAUCGUACUCGCCAUCAUUAUCAACUGCUUAUAUUCCUACACCACGUUCAACCCGCCUUAAGACAAUUAAUACCGCUGAUAUUGACGUUUCUGCAACCUCACGCUAUGGCAAACAUCAUCACAUGGAGGAUAGGAAGGACGAUGGCGAAAAGUCCGAUGCUCUUGAAAACGAGUCAGCAGCCUAUAAUAACACGGACAGUGAUACGAAUAGCAGUGUUGUUGACCCAAACUCACCGUUUAUGCCUCGCAUUGAUGGCACCGAUACUGGACACACUGCAAGGUCAACAAUCAAAAGAAAUAGAGCUGUGGUGAGACUUUCAAUGAUGCGUCCAAGGAGUAAAAAGACUUCAGAAUCAGACGAAAAUACAAGAAAUGAUGUUGAAGUAAAUCCCGAGAGAAACGAGUCAGCGGCUAUCAUAGCUAAAGAGUCGCCAGAAAAAUUCUACAUUCAAGAUCGUGUUCAAGAACAAAGCACACAAAUUUCUGUAACCGAUAUGAUUCAAUCGCAAAGUAGUGAAACGUCUCUCAGUGAAGUUGUCAUCGAGGUUGAUCCUGUAACGCAUGCUGUUCGCAGAUUGAGCAUCCCACAGGGUCCCACAUUUCAUGAUAUUUGCGAGGACAUUUCAUCUGAUAAAAUCGAUGAUGAUUUAAAUGCUGGUGAACUAAGACGACGAGCCUCUCUCAUUCAGGAGCAAGAAAUCGAAAUAAUCAAUGAACUGCAAAAAUCACAAUCUGGGUCUUUUCAGGUUAUACAUUUGGAGCGUAAUGUUAGUCAAGAAGAUUGUCGUAAGAGCCGCAAGUCAAAAAAGAGCAAAAAACUUCGUCACAAGAUAACUGCCAAUGUUGAAAUAAUAAAUCCACCAUUGACACCUGUAAUUCAGCAAACAAUUGAAGAAGAGUAUCCAUCAACAACAAGCCCUGUGGUGAUGCCCAAAUUUACAUUUAAUAUUGAAGAAAUCGAAGAGCAUAAGGUAUUUAAGCUCCCAAAAAAAAGAGUCAAAAGUGUUAAGGUGAAAAAAGUUGUUGAAGAAAAGCCAAAGGAAGCACAGUUCACUACUUCCUUGGAAAAGGACUCAUCUUUCUCCCAGCCAAAGAGCACAGUAGAUAAACCUAUCAGCAAUAAAGAAAAUUCUGAAUAUAGUGAAGACUUUUGGGCACAAAUUGGUAACACGGAUAUAAAUACUGAGAUUUUCAAGUUCUCUUCACCAAAAAGUCUUCCACCUGAUGAACCAAUUUCUCUGAAGAAAAAAGAAGAGCCUGAUGAAAAGGUUGCUACUCCAAAACCUAUAAAAAAAAUCUCUAAAUCAGAUAGUACCGAAGAUUUUUGGUCACAAAUCGGGACAAGAGAGACAUUAUACAUGAAUAAACGUAAAAAAACUGUAGAAAACUGCAAAUUUGCGAUAGAGGAAACUAUGAAUUCUGGAAACGUGGAUAUAGAUUCAUCAUUCAAGGACCCAUCUAAAUUGAUAAAUAACGAUAAGAUUGAGUCCAAAAAAUUUGUCCCGGACAAGAAAAAUGAUAAUGCGUUAACUGAUAAAUCAAUAAGUGAUCAAUUUUCGAACGAUACAAAUCUGGCUAAUUCCCACAAUAAUGAAAAUACUAUCAUAACCUCCAUUGCUUCAGUCUUGACUCAAGACAAUUCAUUUACUAAAGAACAAAACCUUAAAAAUCUAACAACUAUUGAAACAUCAGGCAAUGAAGUGUUUUCUGCGAUAAAAUCUGAGGCAACGUUUAAAAACGAAUUGCAAAGCCCAGAAAAUUUUGACACUAUUUCCUCAAAUAAAAUUGAAAACCAAAAAUCUAAAGCAUCAUUUUCUACAAUGAAACUGAAAAAUAAAUCUGAAGCAAGUCAAUCACCGCAGGUCCCUGACAAGUCAAUUUCCUUAAUACCCGAACAACGCCAACAGCAACAAUCAUUGUCACCGAAAAAACUAAACGAUAAAUCCAAGCUCUUAACAGAUCAAUUAAAGAAAGAAAAAACGCAUGACGACCCUCUCAAUAAAACCCUUACAAGUUCCCCAAAAAUCAAAAAUACAAUUAAAAUUUCUUCGAAAAAGCAAUCCAGUCCUAAGAAUAGUACCAAAGAAGAAAUACCUCAACCUCUAGAAACGAAUACCAAACCUAAAGCUAAAUCAAGUGCAUCUUUAUUGACAGCAGCAUCAACAACGACUACAAUAACAACACACGAAGAGAACAGCUCUUCGACUAAAAUAAGAUCUGGCAGCGGUGCCAAGUCACCUGAUAAGAGGAAAUCUGUCAAAAAUAUUAAACCCACAACCAAGAAAAGUAUUACCAAGAGUGUGUCUCUAAUUGAAGUUACUUCUAACACAAUUAAUAAGGAAAUUGACGAAUCCAAACCGAUAAAUAAGGAAAAGGGAAAAGUCAAAUCAGUAAAUGAGGAAUUACAAAAACCUUCAGCAACUACUACACAGACAUUCUCGAGAAAGUCAACGAAAUUGACAACCGCAAAAAGUGAUAAUAAAUCAUCUGAGAAAGUCAGAAGCACCGAACCGGAACUAGUUGAUAAAAAGCUAGAAAAGGACUCGAAACAAGCAGAUGGUCUACCAACAAACUUAAAUGCUGCAACGUCACCAUUAUCGGUGCAAACGUCACCGUCAAGCGAAACUCAAAAUGUUACACAGCAACCGCUAGUGACACCAAAAGCGAUACCAGAUGUAUCAGUGGCACAGGUACAAACAACUGCAACAAAAACUGAAUCUUCGUCCCAAUCGCAGUCUCAAUCGCAAUCAAUUGGAAUCGUAGAAACAACAAACACAACUGAUGCAACCGACUGCAACAGUACUGUCCUCGGUAGCGGCAGCAAUAAUUUAUCAAAGUUCGCGACAGUUUCUAAUUUGGCACAGUAUCUGCUAGACGUUGAUGCUGAUCUAGAAGAUUACAUACCCUCCUCGGCCGAGGAGAGCGACAGUUCUAGUGAUUCGUAUAGCGGGGACGGUAGUUUAAGUGCAAGCAUGAAAAAGAAAAAUAAGCAACUCAAGAAAAAAGCUAAGGAAGCGCAGCAAGCGUUUGACCCCAAUAAAAAAAUUAAAAUCGAUACAAAGAAGAAGUGUUAUGUGAAAGAGGAAGCACCGCGAUAUCCUUUGGUGGCAACACCAAGGCCACUAUGGAAACGCGAGAAAAUCGUCUACGAGGAGUCCUCAAAUAGUAGCAGCGAAGAAACAGAAAGUGAAAGUGAGAGUACAACUUCAGAUGAGUACGAGGAUGAAUUGUGUCCAAAAGACGCAAUCAUUCGCAUGAGCACCUGCAGCAAUGAUUCAGGAUUCGAUGGUGGUACAACACCUUCAAGUCCAAAAAAAGUUUUAGAAACUUCGUACACUUACUUACAAUUCCAAAAAACAGGACGAAUAACAGCUCCGGCCACAACAAUACCUAGAUUUAAGAAAUAUUCUGUUGAAGAUUUUAAUUUCCUUGCAGUACUUGGAAAAGGCAGUUUUGGAAAGGUCCUUUUAGCGGAGCUGCGAAAUACAGACUUUUAUUAUGCAGUUAAAUGCUUAAAAAAAGACGUCGUUCUUGAAGACGAUGAUGUUGAAUGCACUCUUAUAGAACGUAAGGUCUUGGCUUUGGGAACAAAACAUCCAUAUUUGUGUCAUUUGUUUUGUACAUUUCAAACUGAGAGUCAUUUGUUUUUUGUUAUGGAGUACCUGAAUGGCGGUGAUCUCAUGUUCCACAUACAGGAAAGUGGAAGAUUUCCUGAAGACAGAGCUCGAUUUUAUGGAGCGGAAAUUAUAUCGGGACUUAAGUUUUUACAUAAGAAGGGAAUAAUUUACAGAGAUCUUAAAUUGGAUAAUGUCUUGUUGGAUUUCGAUGGACAUGUCCGUAUUGCAGAUUUUGGCAUGUGUAAACUCCAAAUAUAUUUAGAUAAGACAGCGGACAGUUUUUGUGGCACUCCAGAUUAUAUGGCGCCUGAAAUAAUUAAGGGUGACAAAUAUAAUCAAAAUGUCGACUGGUGGUCAUUUGGAGUUUUGCUGUAUGAAAUGUUAAUUGGGCAAUCACCAUUUAGUGGAUGUGAUGAGGAUGAACUAUUCUGGUCAAUAUGUAAUGAAAUACCAUGGUUUCCAGUUUAUAUAACCCACGAGGCAACAAGCAUUUUAAAAGGCCUCUUGGAAAAAGACUAUACGAGACGUGUUGGUUCACAAUAUAGUCCUGCUGGCGAUAUUUGUGAUCACAUAUUUUUUAAAGAUAUCGACUGGGGACUUCUGGAAAAACGACAGCUUCCACCACCAUUCAAACCUCAAGUGAAACAUCCAUUAGAUACCCAGUAUUUCGAUAGAAGUUUUACAAGGGAAAGGGUGCGUCUAACACCUAUUGACAAGGAAAUUCUCCAAUCAAUGGAUCAGGAACAAUUUCAAGGAUUCUCUUAUACAAAUCCAAAUGCAACCUUGGACUGAAGCCUCCUUCAGCAAAGUAUUAAGUAUUUUAUUUUUCUUCAUGUUCACUUGGUCCAGUACUACAGCAUACAACAAAAUGCGCAAAACAAAUAUCAUCGGAUUAAUAUUAAGAAACAAAACAUACAAAGGAGAUUUUGUUCGUAUCUUAUUUAAAAUUUGACAACAAAUGUUCAGUUUACUGGAAACAGGAAAAUCUAUAUGUUUAUAGAAUAUAAAAAAAAACCUUAUGAAUUAGUUUCUAGAUAAAUAGUUUAUCAAUAUAUAAUUAUUGAGACCAGCAAUAGAUUUAGGUUUUAAUAUUAGUUUACUUCUUAAUUUUUAUUUAUUUACAUGACUUUUAAGGGCUAACGAGUAAAAAAGGCAAAUUUUGACGUGAACAAUAUGUUGAGACUAUGUAAUUGAAAUCUUAAUCUUAGCGUUUAAAAGUGCUAAAACAAUUUUAAAUGCCAAACCAUGUCAUUAUUUUUAUACGAAGGUAUAUAUAUUUUAAUAAUAAGUUAAGAUUACAGUAAUAA